AUGGUUAAUCUGGUGCCUACGGGAAAACGGCAUUCCACGAGUGACGGCUCCGCAGCUAGAAGAUGUUUUGAUGUCAACACUAAAUUAGCUGCAGCGAUGAUCAACGCAGGUGUAGGAGAGUCUCAGAUCAGUGCGAUAUUUGCUGAACUCAAUCUGCCUGGAAUCAGUAAGACCGCACUGAAGGCCCGCGAGCGAGAGAUCGGACCAUCUAUUGAAAGGAUCCAACUGGUGAUCAUGUUGAAACGGAUGUCUCUGCAGAUGGGGCCUGGCAAAAAAGAGGCUCCAAUAGUUUGUCCGGAAGUGAAACAAAAGGGGUUGAAUAUCGAACGGUUAACAAUGGACGGAGAUUCAACCACUUUUACUCGCGUCAAGCGGUCUUUAUUUCCAGAACUUAAAAAAUCAAAUGAUAAAAAUCAUAUUGUCAAAAAUUUCGGAAAUGAAUUGUAUAAGCUAAAAUCAAAACACAAAUCAUUAUCAAACAAUAAUAUUGCCCAUAUUCAGAAAUGCUUCUCUUAUGGAAUAAGUCAAAAUAAGGGCAGCACGCAUGGAAUAAAGACCAGUUUAGACGCCCUGUCCUCCCACAUGUUCAAUGAACAUUCCUCGUGCAGCCCAACCUGGUCCCAUGUGCAAAGUACUAACGCCAACGAGAACAUGAAUCACAUGGUUGCAAGGAAGGCGCCAAAGACUGUCACGUAUUCAGAGUCAGAGAGCCUCGACUUCCGGGUGUCCGCUGCGGUAGCGCAGAAGUACGAUGGUCGCCAAUACAUUUUGCAGGUCAACGAAACGCACGGACUUUCUCCUGGACAUUACACACAUAGAAAAUGUACUGUGCUUGACGAAAGGCGAUCCAACCUAGCAGUGAAACAGAAAUCGGUGUCCAUGAAAAGGCGGCGAUCUGAACUAAAGGCUGAACGCAUGUCUAAGAACUUCAUAGAUGAAGUGUAUGAGGGGAAAACAUACGAAACAGCGGUUGGCGUCUCUGACAUCGAAAUUGAGCAUAUUGAAGACAUCCCACCCUGCCCUGCUGAAUGCAGUGAAACGCCCCAUGCGUACGGGCAAGAUGAUGUCAUCGUCUUCGACCUUGAGACUACAGGAUUAGGGACAACUAGCAGCAUUGUACAGAUAGCAGCUUUGCACGUGUCCUCGGGACAACACCUGAAUUUAUUCGUAAAACCCAAAUGUGGAUACAUUCCCACUACUGCCUCCAAUAUAACAGGUCUCGAGUUCCAUGGUGGGGUAUUAUACCAGCACUGUAAAGAAGUGACGAGCGUGGCAGCCAGCGAAGCACUUCUUGCCUUCAAACGCUGGCUUGAGGCAUUUGGAAGUCAUAUUUUGCUUGUGGCACACAAUGUCAUGUUUGACGCAAGACUGUUAGUAGCAAAAUAUCAAGAAGAAGGAAUAACUGUCCCAGAAACUAUAGGCUUCGCAGACAGUCUGCGUUUAUUUAGAACAGUUUACCCCGGGAGACAGAAUUACCGCCUGGCAAGUUUAGUUCACGAUAUUGCAGGUGUAGACUUCGGAGCUCAUGAUGCCUCUGAAGACGUGUACGCGCUUUCUUCAAUUCUCCAGUUGCAAACAAACCUAGAUAAACUGUCGAAUUAUGCUACUACUGUGUCAUCCGUGAAAUUCAAACUUCAGGAAUUAAACAACGAAAAACUAUACAAGGGAUCAUAUACAAGUUUUGUUGAGUCAAAAAUAAUAUCAAAAGCACAGGCCACGCGCCUAUCUAGGAGUGGAAUUUCAAUAGAACACUUGAAAAAAGUAUAUUCAAGAUCGGGCCUAGAUGGUAUGCAGGCUGUAUUGAAAGAUCGGGGUGCAGGGAAAUUUUACACAAAAUUGGCAUCAGCGCUUGAUGCAGUUUUUAGCGAGAAUAAAAUUAAUUUAAAUUAG